UUUUAGCUUCUUUUACACACAUACCAUCAUUUGCAGAGGACACACACACACACACAAACUGAUCCUCUCACAUAUAGACUCACAGCUGUUGAUUCAUCUCUCUCUGAUGAACGGCGAGGAGCAAAGAAGCCCUGCAGGGAGCUGAAGGAGAAAGCAGCUCUGCCGUUUGCUCCAUCGCGACUCCACUUGAGAGCAGCUACAUGGAGGAUCUAGAUUGACAAGUGCACUGAUUUGUUUUUACGAUCGCUUCCUGGUGUUCCCUUGGGUCAUUCUGCUCUUGCCCUCUCUCUCUCACACACACACGCUCUCUUGCUCUUCUUCUUUUCUGAAUCUGUGGGAGUUGAUGCAAGAUUCCAGGCAGCAAGUUAGAGGACAAAAAGAGACAUGUGCUUUUCUUUUGGUUUUGCCACCUACCACCACUGCUGCUUCUCUCCCAUUCAUUGACCAAGGAGGAAAUAAAAGGCGUGAUUCAGAGCGGCAGCCAUUCAACAAAGAAGUGAAAGGCAACAGGGAUGAGUGUGGACAGCCACCAGGGGGUUGUGACCACCCCUCCCACACCUAGUGGCAAGACCAAAGAGCGCUACUUUGAUCGAGUCAAUGUCAACGAUCCAGAGUACCUCCGAGCCAGGAAAAUGUCGCCUGACCUCCGACAGGACUUCAACGUUCUGGAACAGAAGAAACGGGUCACGCAGAUAUUACAAAGCCCUGCCUUCAAGGAGGAGUUGGAAAGUUUGAUCCAAGAGCAGCAAUGCAAAGGGAACAACCCCGCUGGUCUGUUGGCCCUCAGACAGAUUGCAGACUUCUUCAUGGCGAGUUCAAUGGCCGGUUACAACACUUCCCCACUAAGUUUGGGGAUGGUCAUACCCAUUAACGACUUGUACAACGGGGAAACGAGUGCCAUGGUGAAAGGAGAGAAGCUGACACGCUGUAAACUGGCCAGCCUCUACAGAUUGGUGGACUUGUUUAACUGGGCCCACUUUGCCAGCUCCUAUAUCACCGCCCGAAUCAGCAAAGAGCAAGAUCACAUCCUUAUAAUCCCCAGAGGGCUCUCCUUUGCUGAGGCGUCUGCAUCAAACCUGCUGAAGGUCAACAUCAUCGGCGAGGUGAUCGAGCAGGGUUCCACCAACCUGAGCAUCGACUCGGCCGGUUUCAGCCCCCACGCCGCCAUCUACUCGAUACGUCCAGACACCCGCUGUGUCAUCCAUGUGCACACUCCUGCCACGGCUGCUGUGUCCUCUAUGAAGUGCGGCAUCCUGCCCAUUUCUCAGGAGGCGCUCAUCCUGGGUGACAUCGCCUAUUUCAAUUACAAUGGCAAUCUCGAUGAGCCAGCCGAGCGAAGAGAGCUGCAAAAAGCACUCGGGCCUACAGCAAAGGUUCUGGUGUUGCGCAAUCAUGGCUUGGUUGCUCUGGGUGAAUCUAUGGAAGAGGCCUUUCAUUACAUCCACACUGCGCAAUAUGCCUGUGAAAUUCAGGUUAACGCCAUCUCUUGUGCUGGCAGCAUAGACAACCUGAUUGUGCUUGACCAAGAGAAAUACAAAUCGCGAGUGUUCGCCGUGGCCUCAACAGUUUCCGAAAAUAUAAACAGCCCGUACAAGUGGAAGAUCGGUGAACUGGAGUUUGAGUCACUGAUGAGGAUGCUGGAUAACCUGGGCUACAGGACCGGUUAUGCCUACCGCCAUCCCAUCAUGCGUGAGAAACCGAGGCACAAGAGCGACGUGGAGAUCCCCGCCACCGUCACGGCGUUCAUGUUCGAAGAGGAUGUGGACGCCACGCACUUUCCCUUCAAGUUCCUGCAGCACCGGCAGCAGCGGGAGAAGACGCGCUGGCUCAACUCACCGAACAGUUAUACCAAGGUCAACGUGGAGGGCGGAGAUGACCGCUACAACCACAACAGGACAACCACGUGGAUGAAAGCAGAGGAGACUGGAACGCCAAUCAGAAUUGAGGACCCCAAUCAAUUUGUCCCUCUCAACACAGACCCCAAGGAGGUACUGCAGAAGAGAAACAAAAUCAGAGAGCAGAAUCGAUGCGACCUGACAACAUCAGGGCCGCGAUCACAGCACCUUGCUGGCAUCCCAAUUGAUCAACCACGACAGGCUGAAGUGCAGAUACACAUUCUGCCAUACGUGCCCACAGAGGAGGAGCAGAUGGCCCCACUGCCUCCCAACCCUUUCAGUGAGCUGUCAGAGAAAGAUUUGCAGGAGUAUCACAAAAACGUGGAAGUGAGGCAACUGGGUCUCGAUGGCGAGCACGAACUAACCUCGGACGACGGCUCCACGCUCUCUCAGUCUGUGUCGCUCACCCAGUCCCCACAAAGCACUCCAGCUAAAGCAGUCAACCACGCGGGCCUGAUGAACGGCAAGGAUAACCACUGCGACGCCAACGACGAGCUGUGCAAGCGGGUCAGCCAGCUUAACACUAGCGCGGAGAGCGUGGAAAUGACGGUGCGCUCGGCCGACAAGAUCGAAGAGGUGUUGUCUCAGGAGAGCUCGCCCUCCAAGUCGCCCAACGGCAAGAAGAAGAAAAAGUUCCGCACGCCGUCCUUCCUCAAGAAGAACAAAAAGAAAGAGAAGACAGAGGCCUGAGGGCCACCAAGAUGAUAGAAAGGGGAGGGCAUCUUUUUAUGUUUUGUCUUUUAUGCUGUCUUUGUUUUCCUGAUUUUUGUGUUUAAUCCUUUCCAGAGUUUUUAUAUACAAAGAAAUGAUUUGGAGAAAAAAAAUGAAUUGGCAAAAAAAAAAAAAAAGGGUUUCCCACGCAGAUGGACAGAUAGUGUGGUCGAGCAUUUUCAAGUGAAUCACAAAUGCAGUACUCAAAGUUGAUUCAGUGACAUCUGCACAACUGUGCUGAAAUUAGAAUUGUUAAAAGUACGAUCAUUUCAACGUAGUUCUCAAGUCAAGAGUGUAUACUGCACAUUUUUUGUUAAGUCCUCAUCUGGUGGUCCUCUACCUUUGCAUUGAGUUUAUAAUCACCAAGAGGCUUCAUGACCGAUGACGUCACACUGGACAAUUUCUCCCCAUCAGUGGCCACAGGGUAUGUGUCCAUUUGUUUAGUGGCUCUUCUUAUUUUGCACCAUUCUUCUCAUUUUUGCGCUUCUGCGGCAUCGACACACAUUUACUCAUCAAACUGGAGUCAUGCGCCUUUUAGUGUUGUUAACAUCUCAAAAGAGCCAGUCGGAUACUAUUCAUUUACAUAUGUAGCAUUUUCCUACUUACUUUUGGGACGAACCGGAAUUUUCUUUUAGUGUAGUUGAAGUCAUCGCAUGAAAUCUGACCUUUUUUAUUGAACAUUUUGCUACUUGUAAGUGAUUGCUCACACUAUAUUUUAAAGUAGAGUACAUAAAUAUAACACAGAUAUAUUUGACAACUGGAUACGUCGGCUAUAGAUUUGUAACUAUAUAUUUUUUUAUUUUAUUGUGCUGCACUUUCCACUGUAGUAGGAUGGUUUCACCCGUGAAAGAGACUGUCAAGUCGUAUGUGGUCGAAAACCGAGCAAGUAGCAAAGCAAUUGAGACAAGUGAAGACUCAGAAAGUGAAAUCAGUAUGAAGGAGAAAAAACAAAAAGAAAAUAGGCUUUAUGUGCAAAAUGAUGUCUGCACUGCAAAAAUCCGGAAGUGUGUUGUGCUGAAAUGUCUAACCUCUGCAGUCGCCAGCUGAGAAUAACAGGAGUAUUAGGACCUCACUGAAGUGGCGAAAAAAAGGAUAUUACCAAAAGCAAAGUUGUAAUGGGAGAAAAAAAUGGCCGGUAUCUCGAUUAAAAAUUGAAUUUUUCUCUGCAAUUAGUAUUAAGUAAUGGUUUAAAACAUUUCAACAUGCAGUAAUCUUCAAUCAUGAGGAACUGUUUUUUUUUAAACCCCAAUUGUUGUAAUAUUACAAACAAAAUGACAUCUUUUAUGAUUGACCUAUUUUCCCUGUAAAAUGAUUAUUUUCUUGUAAAAUUACAACAGUUGUAAAGUGAUUGAAUUCUUUGUUCCUCUUUUACAACAUUAUUCUUCAAUUUAAUUCUUGUAAUCCGGCAUCUGUUACAAAAUUACACCUCGCAACAUUUCAAUUGCAUUUGUGUUUUAUAUGUUCAAAUUAAGUCUGUCCUGACAUUUUUACUCCUCUAGGGAGGAAAAAAAAAAAGAUGAUUUUAUUCUUGUAUAUUAAGAGUUCUUCUAAUAUUUUAUCUGUGUAGUAUAUUUCCCCCCCCCGCAGUCUGGCCCUAAUCCUCCUGUGUCACGAAUGAAGUAUGAAGCAGGGAUGACUUUUGUAUAGUGUUGAUAUACGUGCUUAAAGAGUGUGUGAUUUAAAGCCAUAUUGUAUUGUUUUUGGACAAGGGGUUGUGAGGCUUCAAUGACCCUGACAGGACCUCUUGUUUAAUCCCCUUAAUGACUGCACGGCCCCUUCUCUCGGGUCCAAUAACCAGCACUCUUCUUCACUCCUCAAAACGCAGCUUUUCAGACGCGCAUUCAAUCUCGUACGCCCGUUCUACUCCCCUCGUGCAACGUUUUGGGUAAAUGUGAUAUUUGUCGGAUGAACUCCAAGUGUAAGAAGGGAGGACUUGUAGCAUGCUUUCAGCUUUUUUUCAUCGCAUCGUCGUCUUUGUCAUCCUCCAUUUGUAUGGCUAUAUUUAUUCUAUGUUUGUUCAUUAAAUAUUUUAUGGGCAUAAAUUGCUUCCAGGUGAACUGAAUGCGCGUUCCUUCAGUUUAAAUUUUGGUUUCUUUGCACCUUCCGCUACCAAUGCUUCCCAAUUCAUCUUUUCUGUUUAAAAAAAAAAAAAAAAAGUUGGCUUUGGUAUGCCACAAUGAGCCAAGCGACUUUUUGGAUCUGUGAACACCUCCUUAUAUAAAUGCUAAUCUAUGGAAUUGCUUUUAGAUGUAUUGCUAAUCAGUGUACGUUCACAAAUAAACUGUAUUUUGCCAAAA